GUCCAGCCUAUUCCUCGCUAUUCGUUGACAGUCGCCUGGGCCCCGUCUACAUUAUGCUUCAAUUUGGACGAGGAAAAAGUGGUUAAGCAGUUGACGGUACGGAACAGUAACACACAUUCGAUCUAUCUCCAAUAUUGCGGGCUAUGGGACAGCGCUCCUAGUUCCAGGCUGGGUGCGAGCUGGAGGUGCUACCCUCGCACGCGGUUCCUGCUGGCCCCGGGCGUGGCGGCCGUGCUGGCCGUGAGCGCCGCGCCGCGCCCCCACGCGGCCCCGGCCCCUGCUGCUCGGCUGGCUCUGCAUCUGGUGGCGGCGCACAUGCGGGACAAUGUUGCUGGACAUUUUAUGGUACCGAUUCAAGUUCGUUUUAAUAGCUAUACACCCCUUAUGCAAGAUGAAUAA